AUGAAUACGGUCAAAUCAUUCUGGGUAGGAUGGGGAGCGCUCUGUGUUGCCGGUGGCGGCGCAUACUACUUCGCAAAGAAAUCCAUCAACGAAGACCGAGCAGCACGAUUCGAUGCCGACCGACGCCGGAGGCAGAGACAGGCGGAUCUUGAGUACUCCAGUCAACAAGCAGCCAAAAUAAACCCAGCGUCCGAAUCAGCACCAAGAUCUGAUCAUUCUGGAUCGCCAAGUCAAGAGGCAACUCUUGAUCCGGCACCUACGAGACACGCCCCGGAGAGUGAAGGCCAGCGAGUACGAGAGAAGAGCAAAUACGAAGCAUCAGAACCUUUUAGAGCGAGGAAGGGUGAUAGGUUUAGUUGA